AUGCCUUAUCAUAUGCUAAAGUAUAUCCCAUAUGAUACCGUAUAUGGGGUGCUUGUCAAUGGACUUCGUCACUGGUUAGCUGGAUGCAAGAUUCUUGAGAAGGAGCUACAGCAGGAGUCAAUCAUCUCUUUUGAUUUCAGCGAGGACAAGUUUAAGCAAAUGCACUUGUCAAAAGCAUUUCUGAAAAAUAGCACUUACUGUUUUGCUAGGACAGUGGGAGUAUUGGAUGAGUGCAUAUGUGUAGUUGACGGUGUCUGGGAGCCUCGUUAUCAACUUGAGAUAUGGGUGAUGCAAGAUUAUGGUGUUCCCGAAUCCUGGACUAAACGUUUUAUCAUUCCCCAGACUCAAGCUAGACAGCCUUUCGGUUUAAAUCCACUAAGAGUAGUUUGGUCUUUCAGAGAUGGUAAGAUUCUUCUAUUAGAGGACAAGAAAAAGUUAGUUUUAUAUGACACAAAGCAAGAUACCAUGACAAGCAGUUCAGCAACGAUACAUGGUGCAGAGAACUAUGUCGAAAGCUUGGUUUCACUCAACUCUGGUAUAUAUGUGGGGAGCUGUCGAGAAUAUGCCAACAUUCUAAGUGCAUGCUGGACUAAAAAGCUGCGCCUCUUCAACUACGACGUCUGA